AUGUCGCCGAGAGCAUGCAGCCGUGAACUUCCCGGUCCAGGCUGCCGUGACUGUGGCUGUGCAGAGCGAAGCUCUUUGCCGUUGUUGACAAGAAAUGUCCUGCAAGCUUGCAAAUCCCAGGUGCCGGCCUGCCCCGGACCCAGCAUGCGGCCUCUUCGAAGCCAAAAUGCAUCACCAGCACGUCCGACAGGGACUAGGAUCCACAGAGGUAACGGCAAGGACACAACCAACGGCCAAGGAUUUCCCAGCAUGAUGCGCCCUAUGCCGCCGCCCAAAGUUCUGCUUGGAGGUCAAUCCAAGCAGCUGAAAGACGCCCAUGCAGAAGCACGUGUGCCGCGCAUCUUUGGCGCAGCUGCCCUGCACCCAGCACUCACGUUUCGCAAGCAUGUGCACAUCCACCGGACUAGGAGUCCACUGGAAUGGUUGACAAAGCCUCUCUGGGCCUCUGGAUGA